GGGAGGGAGGGGCGGCGGCGGUGGUGGCUGGAUAGGCGGGGGCGCGCUAAACCUCUCCUGGACCGGGUCUUCUGUGCUUCCUCGCUUCUUCCAACUGCGCGGCGCCCGGGAGGUCUUGAGCUACUGGUGGUGCCGUGCCGUGCCGUGCCGUGCCGUGCCUGGCGUUGUCCCCACCCAGCCGCGGGUCUGGGGGGCGCGAGAGACCUCUCCAUCCGUCCAGGGUGGGAAACAAGCUCGUAUAAGGAGACACCAAGGAGAGAGAAUUCAGGAGCAUAGCUGAGUGAGCGAUUCAUGCGCCGAGGCUGUGGCUCAAAAUGAAGGAUGUGCUUUUCUCCCAUCAUGUGGGAAGACAGAUUGGUUUCAUCUUGAUGAGCUUUAUCUUUAUGGAGAGUUGCAGCGCAAAGAUUCUAGAGAAGACAUUUGACCAGUGGUUGAGAUAUAAAGAGGAAUGUAUGAAGAAGAUGGCCAGUGAUCCUUAUCCUUCAGGCCUCUUUUGCAACCGGACAUUUGAUAUGUAUGCGUGCUGGCCAGAUGGGAAUCCAGGAGCUAUUGUCAACGUAUCUUGUCCUUUCUAUCUACCCUGGUACGAGAAAGUUAAACAGGGCGUUGUGAGCCGCAUAUGUGGGCUUGAUGGGAAUUGGGCGCUGCUGAAUGGGACGGAGUUCUGGCGGGACCACGUCCAGUGUAUCGAAGAAAUGGAAGCCACCACGAAAGAGGAAGCAGCUCAUCGCCUUAUGAUCAGCUUCAAAGUCCUUUACACGGUGGGCUACUCCCUGUCGCUGCUGGCCCUGAUCUUGGCUCUAAUCACCUUGACUGUCUUCAGGAGACUUCGCUGCACUCGGAAUUAUAUUCAUGCUAAUCUUUUUGCUUCCUUUGGGCUACGGGCCAUUUCGGUGAUAGUGAAGGAUGCGUUGCUGGAGACGAUGUGGGGAAGGGACACCUUCCAGAUGUCUGACUGGGAAGCCUUAUUGAGUCAUGAGGCUGCCAUUGGUUGCCGGGUGGCUCAGGUCUUGAUGCAAUACUGCAUUCUAGCCAAUCACUAUUGGUUUCUGGUGGAGGCCGUCUACCUAUACAAACUGCUGAUUGGCGCUGUGUUUUCAGAGAAGAAUUACUACACGCUGUACCUCUACCUUGGCUGGGGGACCCCUGUGGCCUUUGUGGUACCCUGGAUGGCUGCCAAAUACCUGAAGGAAAACACAGAGUGCUGGGGGGUUAAUGAGAACAUGGCUUACUGGUGGAUUAUUCGUUUCCCUAUUCUGCUGGCAUGCAUGGUUAAUCUGUUGAUUUUCAUGCAAAUUCUCAAGGUAAUCUUAGCUAAGUUACGGGCUAGUCAGAAGGACUACGCGGAUUAUAAACUGCGGUUAGCCAAGGCCACGCUAACCCUCAUCCCUCUGUUUGGGAUUCAUGAAGUGGUUUUCAUCUUUGCCACCGACGAGCAAACCACGGGAAUCUUGCGUUACAUCAAAGUUUUCUUCACACUUUCCCUCAACUCCUUCCAGGGGUUCCUGGUUGCUGUUCUCUACUGCUUUGCCAAUAAGGAAGUGAAAUCUGAAAUGAAGAAGAAAUGGCAGUUGUGGAAACUGGACCAUCCAGCGCUCAGCUGCACUCAGUGAAAGAAAUAUGGAAUUUGGUGUAUCAUACAGCAAGGAUGUGCAGAAGUGGUUCAGAUGGGCCUUGAAACUGCUCGGAAGGGAUUAUUGUUGCUGCCGUUUAAGGCAAUUAUGACCUAUUCUAGAAUGAAACUCUUUUGAUGGUUUGCUAUCUUCACUGUCUUGAGGCCAAAACAUGGGGAAAAGAGCUUGACCCAGUAUGGGCAGGAGGAAGUUUUGAAGAACGUGAUGGGAAAACUGUCUGGAACCAACGGCAAGAGGAAUUGUGAAGCUUUUGAAACGGUGUCGCGUGCACAUAUCAUGGACCUUAAAUUAGCUCAGGAUCCCAACUUUUAUUGGUCAGACUUGACUUUCAUGACAGGUAAUGCUCUUCAGCCUUGAGUUCUGAUCUUAUGCCUUUCAUAUAGCAAGAUGUGGAGAUCCUAAGAAGUGAACGGGCAGGUCUUCAAGUUCACUUCUGAACAUCCUGGAUAAGAAGAGCUUUUCAUCAACUGAUGUAGGGCUCCCCAAUCAAGCAAUGGCCAACUUGCUACUUAUCAAUCCUGGGACUUUCUCUAAUAUCCAAACCGAGCUUUGGUGCAAAUACCACAUAACUGGGAGAUGGUUUGAAAAAAGUUUAAGGACUUUUUGUGAUUCAUAGGCUCAACAGUUGUCUCCAUUCCGCCCCCCCCCCCUUUUUUUGGAUACAUUAAGUGGCAUCAUGAUUGCUGAAAGAAGCACAUUCAGCCUUGGAUAAAAUGCAGAAAGGGAUGUUUUAUGAAGGAAUGGUUUACAGAAGGGUUUAGAGUUAAAAAUUCCCCGUCUUCUAUUUAAAAAGAAUACCGGUAUUGGACAACCAUGGUGUCCAAUUUUCCAAAAGAGGAUGAAAUUGUAGUAUUUUAAGCCAGCACAGCAAGAAAGAACCAUACUCACCAUUCCGUAUUAAAAAAAGGCAAACCUGAAUCAAUAUAUUUUUUUUUUAAAAAAAAUUGAAAUGCAUGAUUUUCCCAGAAAAAAAAAAACAGCUUCAGUCUAGGUCAGUGGUUCUGGGAAAAGAGGAUGGCCAAUAUGAAUGAAACUAUUUGGGAAUUUCAAAGAAGCACCCAUGCCGAUAUUGAAUGCUGACAAAUGUUAGGAAAAUAGCACUUCUUGUGAGCUUAGCCCGGCCUGGCAUGUUCCUUUCGAUUUAAAAAGAUGUUGGUGCUUAUAAACCUUUGUACCUGUAUUAAAAAGAGUGUAAAUAAAUAUUUUUCCAGCAAAAGAGUUGCACCCUGGAGUAAUCAGCUGGUCAGGUCUGUCAAUGAAAUAUAUUGUGUGAAAUCCCUUCCUGGGCUUGGAGGCAAACUUGCAGAACUGCCCAUAACCAAGCAGCAUCUUGCACACCUUAAGCCUUGUUGUGACUUAUUCACAGUGGUAGCGAAUGUUGGGUUUGCCAAAAAGAAAUUCCUUCCCCACAACCAACACUUGACAAGAGGUGUCCCGUAAUUUAAAAUCCAAGCCUCUUUCUGCAAUACACCCUAUGGCACACGGUCCAAAUUUGGUGUCCUAAUUACAACUCCUGUUAUUUCACCUUCCAGUGUACUUUGGUUUCACUGCAAUAAGAGGCCAGCAGAGUGUCUAUAUCAGGGCUUUUCAACCAGUGGUACGGGUACCACCUGUGGUACAUUGGCACCUGGCAAGUGGUACGCGACCAUCCUAGAAAAGUGGUAGUGGGGGAGGGGAAUGAGCU